AUGAAGAGAGAAAGGGUUGUGGAAGUUGGCAUGUGGGGGAGGUUUAGUGAAACAAGAUUAGGUGUCGGUGAGAAUGAGAAUCGAGCAAGAACAUUGUCCAUGAUUGAAAUUAGUUUCUCCAAGAGUGGGCCAAUGAGAAUUGAAAGUUUGUUCAGAUAUAAAUUCGACAAAUUGAUGAUGCUGUUGAAAUUCAUAUUGAGUAAUGAUCAACAACAUCAAUGA